CUCGCUCGUUUACUAUCCCCCUCGGCACCAAGUACUAGUCAUGAAGUAGGAGAACUCAACACGGAGUGCGGAGACCAACUGCGCCAAAAUGGCCGAUAUCCUCAACGAAGCAUUUGGGGAGGACGGCUUUGACCCUAUCUCCUGGAUUAACAAUGCGUGCAAUAACAAAGCAACGGAUGAGCCGCUUGAGAAGUUCCUCGCGGAGCUGGAAAUGCGCCUGCAGCUAAACGCGGAGGAUAUUGAGGCCACGCUCAGCGACAACAGCGCACAGGCUAUGCGUCGGAUACCCUUUGCUAUCCAGGAGAUUUACCGCCUCCAGGGCGACAUCCAGGGAAUGCAGGAUCAGGUCCAGGUGCUGGCAGGGAGCGUGCAGCGCGACGCCACGGACGCGCGCGGCAGCGUGGAGCACAUCUCGCAGCUGCACCUGGUCAAAGCGAACAUGGAGAACGCCUGCAACUCCUUGAAGGAGGCAACGGAGCUAUCGGGGCUGUUUGUCAAGGUGGAGGAGGUCUUUGCCGCCGGCGACUUGCCCAAGGUGGCUGAAAUCCUGGCGUCUAUGCGCCGCAGCCUCAGCCUCGUGGGCGACGUGCCCGAGUUCCGCGCGGGCCGCCAGAAGCUGCGCGCGCUGGAGGACCGGCUGCAGACGCAGGUGGAGGGCAGCCUGGGCGAGGCGCUGGCGCGGGGCGCGGACGACGAGGCCAUGCGCAAGCUGUGCGGCCUGCUGCUGGCGGUGGACAGGUACGGCACGAUUGAGAGCUUGUACGUGUCCACCAAGAUGGCCAAGGUCCACGCGCUAUGGGAGGAGGUGGCGGCUGCCGGCGCUGCUGCGCCCGAGGGCGCCGCCUCCUGGCUGGCCACCUUCCUGUCGCGGCUGCUGGCGCUGCUGGAGGCGGAGGCGCGCUGGGCGGCGGCGGUGCUGCCGGGCCAGGCGGCGGCGUUGCUGGGGGCGCUGUGCCUGUCGGUGUUCACAAAGAUUAGCAAAGCCGCCCGCGACCGGCUGGCUCCCGUGACGCACAUCGCGCCGCUGGCGGGCUUUGCUCGCGAGGUGGGCGGCUUCGGCCGCGCGCUGCAUGAGCUGCUGAGAGACGUGGAGACGGGCCGGCGAAGGGAGGUCAUUGCGCUGGUGUACGCGCCGCUUGAGGACAAGGUAGCGGCGUACGGCGAGCUGGAGGCGGCGCAGCUGGCGGCGGACCUCAGGGCCGCGCUGCCGCCCGCCGCUGCGGCGGCGGCGGCGGCGGCGGGUGACGAGGCAGAGGGCGCGGUGUCUCGGCUGGCGACAUCCAUCCGGCCGGCCUUUGCGGCACUGCAUGCGGCCGUGGAGCGCUGCAACGCGCUGACGGGCGGCAGUGAGGUGCGGGCGCUGCUCAAGGCGGUGGACGGCGAGCUGGCCGCGUACCUGGCGGCACUGCAGUCGGCGGUGUCGGGUCUGGGCGCGAAGCACAAGGCGCGCGCUGCUGCCGGUGCGGCGGGCGGCGCCAGUGCGGCCGAGGACGGCGAGGACAUCGCCAACGUACUGCAGCUCAUCAAGGUCGGCCGCGAGCUGUCUGCAGCGGUGGGCCGACUGGAGGCCGCACUGCGCACCGCCGUCGCCGCCGCCGUGUCCCGCCUGCAAGCCCUCGUGUCCGGAGCGGCGCCAGCCGCCGCCGCCGCGGCGGCGGCCGCCGCCUCCGGCACGCCCUUCGCCUCCAGCUCCGCGCCCUCUGGCGGCGCCGCCGGCCUGAGCGGCGCCGCCGAGGCGGACCCCGUGGCUCUGCGCCUGGUGGCGGGCCGCGGCGAGCGACUGGCCAAGCUGAUGAAGCUGGGGUCCGGCCUGAGUGACCCGCGCUUUAUGGUGCUGCCCGGCAGCGUGGGGGCGCUGGAUAGCUUCUCGGCCACGGUGCAGUCCACGGUGUUCGAUGUGUUGCUGGCGCGUGUGGCGUCGCUGCUGGCGUCGCUGCCGGUGCUGCCCGAGUGGCGCAAGGGUGCGGAGGGCUCGGCGCAUCCGGCGGCGCCGCUGCCGUCCUUCAACACCUACCCGCUGCCCUACGUCACCGCCAUUGGGGACCACCUGAUGGCCAUGCCGCAGCAGCUGGAGGUUCUCAUGGGCGACACAGGCGACGACACGUCGGCGACGGCUGCGGCGGGCGGCGCAGACGCCAGCGGCGGCGGCGCGGCCGAGUGGGAGGAGCUGGCGGCGGAGUGGCUGGACAAGGCGGUCAGCGGCGCGGCGGCCAUGUACGCAGACGCCAUAUUCAAGAUCGGCGAUCUGGGGCAACAGGGCGGCUGCCAGUUGGCCACGGACGUCGAGUACUUCGUCAACGUCAUGGGCGCCCUGCACGUGGCACCGCCGCCCAGCCUGCUGACGGUGCAGCUGCUGGCGGGCGCCGCCCCAGAGGAGUUUGCGGAGCUGGGCCGGGGUGCGCUGGCGGAGGGGGCGGCGGACGGGCCGGCGCUCAGGGCGCUGGCGGGCAUGCGGCGGAUUGCGCUGGAGCCGGUGGCGGCAGCGCCGGCGCAGUCGUAGCGGGGUGAUACUGGUGUAAUGUACUGUGCUAGCGUUCGCAGUGUUCGUGAUGUUUACGUGGUCGCGACAUUGCUGCAUUGCAAGCGGCGGAGUGUUCGAAUCUGGAGGGUCCCAGCAAUUGAGCAGGGCUCAAGCACACAACGGCGUUGCACUGCCGCUCUGCCACUGCUAACUGUUUGCUGUCUGCUUACGGGUCUGGGCAUCGGCUGCACCCUACGGGACCUCGCCAACCUGCCUUGAACCCUGUCCCAUCACACACACAACGGCGUUCCAAGCAGCUGAGUGUCUGAGUCGGCCGGUCGGUCGGUGGCCGUGUCCGGAAGAUCGCCAAUUGCAGGGGAACCCAGUUAUUUGACCGCUUACCGACUCUGUAACAUAUAUGUGAG